CUCUCACCCCCGUUUCUCUUCCCUGCCAACUCAAUCUUCAUCGCCGGCCAGCCCUUGCUCGGUCGACAAUUACCUUCGUUCGCAACCAUGCGCUUCUUCACUUCCCUUGCCGCUCUUUCGCUCGCUUUCUCUUCUACCUUCGCCGCCCCUGUCGAACAAAAUGAGCACACUCUGGAGACGCGACAGUCCGGCAUUGUCCUCACCACCGGUGCUCAGGGCAACAUCCUCGUCCGCAAAGAGAUCCGACAGUUGAAGGACCAGAAUCUUGAUCAAUGGACACUUUUCAUCCUGGCCAUGAAAUCAUGGUACACGCAAUCACAAUCGAGCUCCACGUCCUUCUUCGGAAUGGCAAAUAUUCACGGUGUGCCGAUGGGUAACUACAACGGUGUCGGGCAGUGCAGCAACUGUAAUGGUGCGACGGGAUACGGUGUCCACGACUCCAUCCUCUUUCCACCGUGGCACCGCGUCUACCUCGCCCAUUUUGAGCAAGAGUUGAUCAAGGUCGCCAAAAAUGUUGCCAACUCCUACCCGGCAUCUGGAAACAACGGUUGGACACGAAGCAGAAUGGUUACUGCUGCUAACAAUCUGCGAUUGCCAUACUGGGACUGGGCUGCCAAAGUACCAAGCGGACGCCCGGCCAUGCCACUCAUGUUCACCGACACAACCGUCACGGUCUGGGACGCAACCGGACAGAAGACAUAUGAGAACCCUCUCUACACUUUCAGGAUCAACGAUCCCAGCGGAACGUUGUACACUCCAUUCGUCAACUGGAGGCAGACGUACCGCUGGCCCAACAACAACAGCAACAACCCAUCCAGCCAGACCGGCAAGAUGGCCUCCGCCUUUGCGAAUGCGCGUCAAGGAUACGCCGAUCAGGUGUACAGCUUGUUCACUCAGUGCGACGAUUACCUUCACUGGUCCAACGACCAAGCCGGCAGCUCUUCCACCAGGUGUUCUACCUCGAUUGAGGCUGUUCACAACAACGUCCACAACAUCGUUGGUGGCCCACCUGGCUCCGUCUCCGGUGGCCACAUGACCUACCUGCCUCUCGGCGCAAUGGACCCAACUUUCUUCCUUCACCAUGCCAACGUCGAUCGCUACUUCGCCAUGUGGCAGCGAACUCACCCUAACCAAUGGCUGGGCAACCAGGCCGCGCCAUCCACCUCGUGGACAAUCUCUAGAGGUUACAAUGUGAACGGCGGAACACCUCUCACUCCUUUCUUCUACGACGGCUACGGAAACUUCUGGAAGUCCGACCAGGUCCGUGACUGGACCGUGUUGAAGUACACCUACCCAGAGUUCGCCAACAGCGAUGGCUCUGCCGCCUCCAUCAACAGGUACAUUAACAAUCUCUACGGACCCAACGCUGGCGCCGUCGCCGGUUCCUCCAAGCGACAAAUUCUCAGCGGUGUGCAAGCCAUUGUCAACAAGACUUCAACUGCUAUCGAGGGCACCGCCAAGGACAUCAUGUCCGGCAACCCGCUCAAGGCCGCCAAUGGCACCACAUACCAAUACGUCGCGAACAUCCAGGCUCCUCGCAACUCGCUCGGCGGCUCUUACACAGUCUACCUUUUCAACGGCCAGCCGUCCUCUGCCGCCAGUGACUACCCUCUCGACUCCAAGCUCGUCGGCUCCAUGGCCGUGACCUCCGUCAGCCCCAACUCGCCAGGCGGCGGCAUGGGCGACAACGGCGUGAUCGUCUCCAGCUCCGUGCCAUUGACUCGCACUCUGCAGAGCCAAGUCAGCAGCUCUGGCCUUGCCUCGCUCGCCGAGGCGCUGGUCGGUCCCUUCCUCACCAAGAGCUUGGUCGUCAAGAUCAUUGGACCUACGGGCAAUGCCAUCGACCCUAAGUCAUUGGACGGUUUCUCCUGCGAGGUUGCCGGUUCCACCGCGCAACUGCCCAGCGAUCCUUCCGUGCUUCCGGUCUUCUCGGAAUUCGUCAAAUUGAUCAGCAUCGUUUAAAUAUCGACAGACUCGAGCGCUUGAUGUUUGCGCGUUUUGUUCUUCUAGUUUGCAGUUUGUUACCACCCAGUUACUGGACGAACGGGACGAGAAGUGAGUUGAAAGUGGAUUUGAGAAUCACAGAAAGGGAACAACGACGAAAGUAAUCUGAGCU